AUGUUCUUUGUCUCUUAUUUUGCUAGUCACAUCAAUGACAUGGAACUAGAGAAUGAUCCACGGAUUUCAGAAUUUCUUCUUCUGGGACUUUCAGAGGAACAAGAUUUGCAGCCUUUCCUCUUCGUGCUUUUCCUGUCCAUGUACCUGAUCACCAUACUUGGGAACCAGCUUAUCAUCCUGGCCAUCAGCUCUGACUCCCACCUCCCCAUGUACUUCUUCCUCACCAGCUUGUCUUUUGUAGACAUCUGUUUCACCUUCACCUCCAUUAUCAAGAUGCUGUGGAACAUUGAGACUCAGAUCCAAGUCAUAACUUAUGAAGGCUGCCUCAUGCAGAACUUUUUCAUACUUUUUGUAGGUUUGGACAACUUCCUCCUGACUGUGAUGGCCUAUGACUGUUUCAUGGCCAUCUGUCACCCCCUGCACUACAUGGUCCUCAUGAACCCCCAGCUCUGUGGACUACUGAUUCUGGUGUCCUGGACCAUAAGCAUCCUUCAUUCCUUGUUAGAAAGCUUAGUGGUGUUGCGGCUGUCCUUCUGUACAGUCUUGGAAAUUCCCCAUUUUUUCUCUGAACUCAAUCAGAUGAUCCAACUUGCCUGUUAUGAUACCUUUCUGAAUAACUUGGUAAUGUAUUUUGCAGCUCUCCUGUUGGGUGGUGGUCCUCUUUCUGGGAUUCUUUACUCUUACUUUAAGAUACUUUCCUCCAUAUAUCAGACCUCAUCAACUAAGUGGAAGUACAAAGCCUUUUCCACGUGUGCAACUUACUUCUCAGUUGUUUCUUUAUUUUGUUGUUGGAGCCUAGGAGUGUACCUUAGCUCUGCUGAUACCCAGAGCUUCCAUUCAAGUGCAGUAGCCUCAGUGAUGUACAUAGUGGUCAUUCCCAUGCUGAAACCCUUCAUCUACAGCUUAAGAAACAAAGACAUAAAUGAGGCUCUAAAUGUCUUUUCAGGGUGA